AUGGCGCUGGUGAAUGACCUGCAGGCCGAGGUGUUGGAGCACAUGCCGUCGCAGCUAGCGAGUCUGCAUCCCUACGACGAGAUGGCCAUUGCGCGCGAAUACCUUGAUGACCCCCAGAUGGUGUUCCGUUUCUUGCGACGUGCUGCAUUUGAUCGCGAAAAGUGCCGUGCCGCACUGCUCAAGACACUGCAGUGGCGCCUGGAGGGCGCCAUUGAUGCACUGCCACAGGACCUCGUCCACUCGCCGUUCAUGGACGCGACGAGCAACGGUAUCCCGCUCUUCUGGAUGCACUCGCAGUUUCGUGAUCGGCUCGGACGCCCGUGCCUGUACGUGCGCCUGCAGCACGUUGAGCGCCUGCCCGAGGGCCUUCGUGAGCUCAAAGCUGCGAUUAUUGCCUGCUUUGAUAUCAUGCGGCGGUACCUACAGUAUGUGAACCAUCGCACGCGACGGAGCAAGCCCGUGCUGCAGUGGGUUGCCAUGGUCGAUGUCACAGAUGUGGGACUUUCGAACAUGGAGCUGGAGAUGCUGCCGUUCCUCAUCGACCUGAUGAAGAACCAUUACCCCGGCAUGGUCGGCGCCGUGUACGUCCUCCGCUAUUCGUGGUUCCAUGCAGGCCUCUGGCGAAUGAUCCGACCGGUGCUCCCCCCCAAGCUGCUCGAGCGCCUGUUUUUCGUCAACACGCCUGAGCUCCUCGCGCACAUGAACCAUGCCAUGCCCCAGUGCCUCGGUGGCACGCUCCCCGUGGCCAUCGCGCCCGACUCGAGCGACGUGCUCAACUACUUUGUGCGCAGCGCCGUGUGGCGCCAGGCCAGUACUCACGCGGACGAGCCACUUCCGCUGCCACUGCGAUCACGGCAUCAGGACUUUGACUCGAUGUACGAUGUCAUGUCCGGCGCCGGCUCGCCCUACGCGACCGUCACGCCGACGAGCGUGCCCAGCACCCCGCAAAUCCGCGCGGAGGGUGCGUCGGACAUUGCGCUGCAGGAUCAGUUGACAUUGCCGACUGCAAAGCGAGACGAAUCGUCGUUCCUUCGCUGGUGCCGGGCAUGGAUGGGGCGCCCGCGCACCGAGCUGCGUGACGCGACUGAGAUCCCGGAGCUGGAGGCGCUGCCUGCCGCUUCGUCGGAGCCAGCGCCUCCUCGGGCCGCGCCGCCGGUCCAGGCACACACGGUGACGCGCUACCUGUCAUGGCGCGCACACAAUACGUCGACGACCUGUCGCUCCGGCGGCCUGCAGGCUUGCCGCGUGAGCUGCAAGUGCGCCGGCGCAAGCGCGAUUUGA